AUGAAGCGCAUCGUUGCACCGAGGCGUUGGUCGCACGCAAACCGCGUGGAGCACCCGCCGCUCAUGAUGAAGCAGCUCUUCCAGGGCGUCUGCGGGGGGCUGCGGUGGCUGGAGGUGAAGGAGCUCGCUGAGCACGUGGCGACGCGGGCGAUUGAGGACGGCUACCCAAGCACCAGCGGCAUGCGCCAGGCGCUUCAGGCGAGGCUGGCCCCGCGGAAACGGCGUCGACAGGCGCGGGAGGAGCUGCGCAGCGCGGCGGCCGCCCUCCCGCUGACGUCCUCCCAAGACGCGCUGACAGUGACGGGAGGCCUCUCGCUGCGGGUCACCAAACCGAAGCGGGCGGUGCUGUACGACGUCUUGGACUGCACCCUCGGCGGCGGAUUUCACGCAGGGGCGGUGCUCGAGAACGGAGGGCCCUACACGCGCGUCGUCGCCCUGGACUGCGACCACGACGCCAUGCAGACUGCCGCGGAGUUGGCUGACGAGUUCGGCGCCGACCGGUUUAAGUUUUUCUGCUGCAAGAUGUCGGAGGCAAAGUCGCUUUUCGGCGAACGCUCCUUCGACGCGGUCAUGAUUGACGCAGGCCCCUCCGAGACGCAGCUGGAGGACCCGGAGCGCGGAUUUCUUCUUGACGACGAAGGCGCUCACCACCUGGACAUGCGCUACGGGCCACAGACGGGGCUUGGCGCCCUUGCGUACCUCAACACGGCGCCGCAGCACGCCCUGGCCGCCGCGUUGCGGGCCUACGGCCUACUCACCCCGGAGCAGGCAAUGAAACUGGCACGCGAGGUGCGGCGCCGGCGACCCUUCGCCUCUUCGCAGGAAGUGCUUCGCUGCGCAGAGCAGGCUGGCGAUGUGCUGCCUGAGGAGGGCUGGAGAACGCAGAGCAGUCGACGCAAAACACCCAUGUCGUGGAAGUUUCUUACGACGCUGCGCUGCAUUGUGAACAAUGAAAUGUGCGAGCUGCGGGAGGCCCUUGAGAACGCGCUGCAGCUGCUGCGCGAUGACGGCCGUCUUGUCGCAUUCUCCCGUCUCGAGUGGGAGGAACGCCUUAUUCGGAGCACCGUUGAAAGCCACCCCCACGCGCUCUUGUGCUACACGGAGGAUGUGCCCGCGGAGGAAGUGUGUGACCACGGCUUCACACGGCACACAAAGAUGUGGGUUGCUGCACGCACCGCCAAAUCCUCCUACGCGCUGAAAAACGCCGCUUCCCUCACAGAGGCCCAAGUGGAGGCGAGUUCCCUGCGGUGGCUGGGCGGCAUGUACGCCGGUCAGACGUACGGCUUCCCCGCGAACAACUUCACUUUCGAAGGCGAGGAGCCGCGGGAGCGGCGCACGCGGGAGCGGAACAGCAGGCCCCCGCCGCUGGACUACGGGCUGGACGACAAGUAG